GAGGGCGCUGGCGCGCGUGCUGUCCUCGCUGGAGACUUCUAUAAAGCGCACAACAAUCCCAAGCGACCCGGGAGCAGCACGAGCUGGGGGCUACACAGUGGAGUGCAGCAGCAGCAGCAGCAGCAGCAAAGUGCUGCCGAUGGAGGCCUUUGCGGACGGGCAAGAGGACGAAGAGCUGAGGAAGCCUUUCCCGCAGUGUCUGCACGAGCUGCUGCUGCAGCAGCAGCACCAGAAGCAGCUGCUGCCCAGGAGGCACCCCCUAGCUGCUGCUGUGCAGAAUCUGCUGCCUUCUCUUUUUGACUUCCUCGUGCGGCUGCAGCAGCUUUGGACGGAGGAGGUGAGCGACGCCAGCUUCCCCUACUUGCGGGAGCUGCUGGAGCCUGGAGCUGAUGAGUUCUUAGCAGUGCAGGGAACUGCUUCUGCACUAGCUGGAGACGGGGCAGCGUUGUCGCGAGCUGUGCUGCUGGCGUUCCCACACUGCUACCACCUGCGCACUCUGGCCUACAGACUCGCGGGCACUUGUGCCUUAGCAGCAGAUGCUUUCUUUUUGCUGCCAGACUUGGGCGACAGACUUGUCAAUUCGCUGCUGCUGCCGCUGCGGCAGCAGCUCCCGCUGCAGCACGUCGAGCAGCAGCUCCGCUUCUUCUGGUCCCCAGUCCUCGACGCAGAGACGCUGCCCCCACAGCCGCCCUACCCCUCGCAGCAGCGGCUGCGGGCCGAGUGGACAGCCGUUGCUGAAGCAAAGAGAGCAAUGGAGACGGAGAGCAGCAGCAGCAGCAGCAGCAGCAGCAGCGAGGAGGAGAGGCGGCUAGGCGUGUACCUGCAGCGGGUGUAUGCCCUCAGCAACGUCGGCGAAGUGCUGCUGCAGCAGAUCGGCUCGCUGCUGCACCACAAGACCAACUCCGUGGUUGCUGCUGCUGCUGCCAACAGCAGCAGCAGCAACGGGGCCAAGACACCGACCAAUGCAUGCAUCAGCAAACUAAAUGCAAGUGCUGCUGUUUCUGCAUCUCCAGCAGAUGAUGAGGAGGCCCCGCGAAUUGCCCGCCAGGAGAGCAACACGAGCCUCCCUGGCAGCAGCAGCAGCAGCAGCAGCAGCAGCGCAAACGAAUUGCGGCUGGGGGUUUACUACAACGCUGCGCUGCUGCAGCCGCUCGUUGCUGCUGUCCUCGAGCUUCAGCGCUGGCCCAUCCCCGCUAUCAUUCACCAGGGACACGCGGUGCUGAGGGCUGUGGGGAAGACAGCAGCAAAGCUGCCUCCCCCUGUGCCUGCCAGCCUGCUGGACUUGUGCUGCAUCGGCUUGUCGCAGCUCAUUUCGUCUUAUCUGGAUGUCUCGCCGUUUGACCCGUUUGCGUUUGGCUGCGCCUCGCUGCAGCAGCAGCUGAUGCAGCAGCAGCACGAAAGCGGAGGCUGCACACCUCUGCAGAAAUAUAUAACAGGUGCAGAUGCUGCGGGCAGCGGCGCCUCUUUGCUGCUGGACUACACCGGCAGCAUUUACCAGCUUCUGAAGGCUCUCGUCAA